CGGUGGCACUACUGAGAGACGAGGUGCCAGGGUGGUUCCUGAAAGUGCCUGAGCCCCAACUUAUCAGCAAGGAGCUCAUCAUGCUGACAGAAGUCAUGGAGGUCUGGCAUGGCUUAGUGAUUGCGGUGGUGUCCCUCUUCCUGCAGGCCUGCUUCCUCACCGCCAUCAACUACCUGCUCAGCAGGCACAUGGCCCACAAGAGUGAACAGAUACUGAAAGCGGCCAGUCUCCAGGUUCCCAGGCCCAGCCCUGGCCACCAUCAUCCACCUGCUGUCAAAGAGAUGAAGGAGACUCAGACAGAGAGAGACAUCCCAAUGUCUGAUUCCCUUUACAGGCAUGACAGCGACACACCCUCAGAUAGCUUGGAUAGCUCCUGCAGUUCACCUCCUGCCUGCCAGGUAAUGGAUGAUGUGGAUUACACACAGGUCGUCUUUUCGGAUCCUGGAGAACUAAAAAAUGACUCCCCCCUGGACUAUGAGAACAUAAAGGAAAUCACAGAUUAUGUCAAUGUCAAUCCAGAAAGACACAAGCCCAGUUUCUGGUAUUUUGUCAACCCUGCUCUGUCUGAGCCAGCGGAAUAUGAUCAAGUGGCCAUGUGAAUUCCAAAUAUUUUUAAUGGGGUCCAGUUCUCUAUGGAUUCUUACAUUUAAUUUGUAGGGAAAUGCCAUUUUUCCCCCUUAAACAAGGCAUGGGGCUCACAAGUCUACGGAGACAGGCCAAAAAGAAUGUGGAGAAGAAAACUGAUAAAUACACAGAGGUCCUCAAGACCCAUGGACUCCUGGUCUGUACCCAAAAAAGGCUGUUCAUUCCUCAAAAACAAAAACAAGGCUUGGGUGGGAAAACAGGCCUAUGCCCCGGCAAGAAAGGUUCAGAUCAGAUGUUAGGAAGAACUUUCAGGUAAAGUAUGAGAACCAUGGAGUCCAUCAGCAGAGAGAGUAGUGAAGUCUCUCCCCAGGGAAAAUUUUAAAAAGGUUGAAUCAGCUGUUGUAGAGUUCUAUUUGGCAAUCUCAUGGUUAAAUGACUUCCCUCUGAGCUCUUUAAUUAUUGGCAAUAAACAACUUCUUUAAAAGUUUUAAAUAAAAUAGCAACCACCACCAGUUCCUCUUUUCCU